UACAGGAUCUACACUUAACGGGAGCCAAGUCGUCUAUGUAUUUACCAAUGCAAUGGGGUCGGGGCCCUCGGCAGCCGGCCCCUGCGCCAACUGUGCCAAUUGCGAUCAGACGUCAAAGCCAGUCAUGGCUGAGGUCAAGGAACGCACAUUCAUCGCCAUCAAGCCUGAUGGUGUGCAGAGAGGCAUCAUCGGAGAGGUCAUCAAGAGGUUUGAAGUCAAGGGCUUCAAGCUUGUCGGCAUGAAAAUGCUCCAUGCCUCUGAAGACCUCCUCAUGCAGCACUACAUCGACCUGAAGGACAGACCAUUCUUUCCUACCCUCAUCAACUACAUGAGCUCCGGUCCAGUGGUUGCCAUGGUGUGGGAAGGCAAGGGUGCAGUGAAGACCGGCAGGGUGAUGCUGGGCGCAACAAACCCCGCUGACUCCGCCCCUGGAACCAUCAGAGGAGACUUCUGCAUUGAUGUCAGCAAGAACAUCAUCCAUGGCAGUGACUCAGUGGAGAGUGCCAACAAGGAGAUCUCCCUGUGGUUCAAGCAGGAGGAGCUGGUCAGCUACACCAGCUGUGCCUACAGCUGGCUCUACUGAGCUGCUCUGGGUCCUGUAGCGGUCCUCACCGACUGGUUAGAUACCAGUACAACCUUUUGCCUCAGAUUUCCUGGUUUUUGACCUUAGGCUAGAGGGGAGAACAUUUGUUCAUUACCCAUAAUCCUCACAUUCCCUCCUGCCCUCUACAAAUCAUACUGUACUGGGAUCUGGUCUCUGCGACGUCUAGUCUGGAUUCAUCCCAGAGCUCAUUCCCUGUAAACAUUCCAACAUGGAUGCAUUCAGCACUUAAGACUCCAUUCCAUUCCCCUGUUCAUGCAUCAGUGUACAGUUGGAUGACUUGAACCUGUCUGACUGUUUAAAGGUGAUAUGCUUUCCAAUAAAAUACACACAAUACAAA